AAGAUGAACUUCUUCCUGGAAACGUUCAAAGUCAUCGGACUUCUCGUUUAUUACUUGCUGGAGUCGCUAGUAUUCUCAGUUGUGCCUAAACGGAAGAAGAAUGUUAGUGGUGAAAUCGUAUUAAUAACAGGAGCGGGAAGUGGCAUUGGAAGACUCUUAUCUUUAAAGUUUGCCAGCCUUGGAGCCACAGUAGUUCUCUGGGACAUUAAUCAAGAGGGGCUCAAGGAGACAAGUAGACUGGCCAGAGAAAAUGGAGCAAUGAGAGUACACUGUUACAUCUGUGACUGUAGCAAAAGGCAGGACAUCUACAGAGUAGCUGAUCAGGUUAAAAAAGAAGUUGGCGACGUUAGCAUUCUAGUCAACAACGCUGGUGUUGUAACUGGGAAGAGUUUUAUUGAUUCUCCAGAUUCACUUGUGGAAAAAACCAUGGAAGUUAACAUAAUGGCACAUUUCUGGACUUACAAAGCCUUCCUCCCAGCAAUGAUUGCCUCUAACCAUGGACACUUGGUUAGUAUUGCAAGCUCAGCGGGACUGACUGGAGUCAAUCGUCUUUCAGAUUACUGUGCAAGUAAAUUUGCAGCAGUUGGUUUUGCAGAGUCAGUUGAUUUAGAGAUGAGAGAUCUGGGAAAGAGUGGUGUUAAAACCACGAUUGUGUGUCCUUACUUCAUAAAUACAGGAAUGUUUGAUGGCUGUAGAAGCAAGUGGCCAAGUCUGCUUCCCGCUCUGGAGCCGGAGUAUGUGGCUGAUAAGAUAAUCACUGCUAUUAGGCGGGACCAAGAAAUACUGCUGAUGCCACGCAGUCUUUAUUUUAUGUUAUCUUUGAAAAAUAUCCUACCAGUGAAAGCAACUGUUCUCUUGGCGGACUAUUUUGGAAACUUCAGUGUCAUGGAUAGCUUCAAAGGUCGAGCAAAGAAGGAAUGAAAAAGCGCAAAAUUCAGAGACCAGCAACUCUAAAGUGGACCUUCUUAAAGGUGGUUGUGGGAAAGGUCUGCUUCUGUAGCAGCUGUGAACUUAAGGUGCCUCACUUCUCAUUAGUAACAAUUUUUAAGGAAAUUGCUUUUUAAUUGGCUCUUAAUCAACAGCUUUCACUCAAACUUUUUUUUUUAAUCCAGUGAACUGUUUUCUUUUCACCUCAUUAUGGAAAUAGAUUAACUGAAAUUAGUUCCUUUGGUUAUGUCUGUUAUAAUGCCUUAAAUAUGAUCCUGCAUCGCAAACUAAUAAUUGGCAACUUUUGGGGGAGAAGGGACAAAGAAACCAGGCAUAUUUGUCAGGGAGCCAGGAAAGCCUCUAGUGGGCCUGACGUCUCGCUGCCAUUCACUGAACCAUGAGGAGGGGCUGUACUGCUGGUGCUUUUGCCAUUCCCUGGUAAGCUGAGGGAUUCAAGAGUUUCCUGAAACAACAGAUUUGAAUUUAUACAAAUGGAAGUUUUGUGAAAUGAAAAUAUGUGGUGUGUUGGUGCAAAACAAAUGAAAUAUAUUAAUUUUUGGA